AUUUCUUGCACGCUCUCUCGCGUUUCUCUUCCCAUGUAUUCUUCACUCCAUUGAAAUCUUCGAGGUAGAGUUGAAUUUUUUGGUGGUGAUCAUACGAUUAGGUGUUGAAGAUGGGUUGUGUUUCCUCCAAUUUGCUGAAUCAAGACGACGAGUUCGGUCAACUCGGUAGCUCAGCACUGAGUCACCACAUUGUUUCCCUCACCUCCACUACGUAUGGCCUUCUCACGCUCGAUCCUCCUCCACAAUCUGAACAGAAACAGUCUCCUUCUUCCGAUCAGACGACUCCAUUGACUCCACCUCAGCGAUUCACCUUCGGCACCAUCUUCCCUACCCCGCUAGCUGAAACCAAGUCCGUCUGGUCUGAAUCCAGGUCCCUCUGGUCGGAACCGAAGCUUUUCCGAUCGGAGCCGGAGGUGAUCAACUCGUGGGAGCUUAUGUCUGGCCUCGAUACAGACAGUUUCCGAUUCUCUCCAAUUCCUAAAACCCCAACCAAACCCGUUACUGUUUCUGUUGGUUUCAACAAGGAGAACGCUAAUCCCAAUUUGGCAACAAAGCCGUUAAACGACAACGUUUUGAGAUCGGUUUCCUCGAAAGGUAACCACAAUUCACUGGAAAGAUUCGAGAAAUUAUGCCCACCAAAUGGAGAAGCCAAAGUGGUGAUCUACACGACAACGUUGAGAGGUAUACGUAGAACCUUCGAGGCUUGCAAUGCGGUUAGGGCUGCGGUGGAGAGCUUCGGGGUAUCGAUUUGUGAGAGAGACGUGUCGAUGGAUCGUGGGUUUAAGCAGGAGUUGCGGGAUCUUAUGAAAGGGAAAGAGAUAGAAGCUGUAGUACCACCCAGGGUGUUUGUGAAGGGGAGGUACGUGGGUGGGGCUGAGGAGGUUAUGAGGAUUGUGGAAGAGGGAUGGUUCGGCGACCUGGUUCAUGGGCUGCCGAAGAAGAGAGCUCUAGGUGCUUGUGAUGGGUGCGGAGGUGUUGGGUUCUUGCCGUGUUUUGCCUGUAAUGGAAGCUGUAAGGUGGUUCAGGGGAGGAGAAAUACUACUGUUGUGAUCAGGUGUACUGAUUGUAAUGAGAACGGGCUGGUGCUCUGUCCGAUUUGCAGCUGAUUGUUUGAUUCUCCAUGGACGUUCGGAUGAGGAUCUUUUCUUUUCAAUUUCGUAGUAAGAUAUCUCAUUUUACACUCUCUGAAGUUGCCUUGAGAAUGAUCAAUCUUGUUGCAACUCUUGCUGAUAUAUAUUAAUAUAUAUGAAUAUAAGCUUUUCUGAUCAA